GCCCGCGCCGCGACUCGCUGGCGUCAGCUGGGGCACGGAGGCGGAAGAUGGCGGCUGUAGCCCUACGGCCGUGAGGAGCGCGGCGGCGGCGAGGACUGCCGAUGGCAGUCGGGAGGCGUCCUCGGGGACCCGCGGGCCGUUAGGGCGCGACGCUGGGCGGCAUGUCGGAGCACGCGGCGCCCGGGGCACAGGGGCCCGGGCCCAACGGUGGCGGCGGCCCGGCCCCCGCGCGCGGGCCUCGCACCCCCAACCUCAAUCCCAACCCUCUCAUCAACGUGCGCGACCGGCUCUUCCACGCGCUCUUCUUCAAGAUGGCUGUCACCUACUCGCGCCUUUUCCCUCCCGCCUUCCGUCGUCUCUUCGAGUUCUUCGUGUUACUCAAGGCCCUGUUCGUGCUCUUCGUCCUCGCCUACAUCCACAUCGUCUUCUCCCGCUCGCCCAUCAACUGCCUGGAGCAUGUGCGGGACAAGUGGCCGAGAGAGGGCAUCCUGCGUGUGGAGGUGCAGCACAACUCGAGCCGCGCACCCGUCUUCCUGCAGUUCUGUGACAGUGGCCGCAGCAGCUUCCCUGGCCUGGCUGUGGAGCCGGGUGGCCUGGAGCUGGAAGAGGAGGAGGAAGAAGAAGAGCUGACCAUGGAGAUGUUCGGGAACAGCUCCAUCAAGUUUGAGCUGGACAUCGAGCCCAAGGUGUUCAAACCUCCAGGUGGCCCUGAGGCCCUAAACGACAGCCAGGAGUUCCCCUUCCCUGAGACACCCACCAAAGCAGUGUGGCCGCAGGACGAGUACAUCGUGGAGUAUUCGCUGGAGUACGGUUUCCUGCGGCUGUCUCAGGCCACACGGCAGCGGUUGAGCAUCCCUGUCAUGGUGGUCACCCUGGACCCCACGCGGGACCAGUGCUUCGGGGACCGCUUCAGUCGCCUGCUGCUGGCCGAGUUCCUGGGCUACGAUGACAUCCUCAUGUCCAGUGUGAAGGGCCUGGCGGAGAACGAGGAGAACAAGGGCUUCCUGCGGAACGUGGUGUCCGGGGAGCACUACCGCUUCGUGAGCAUGUGGAUGGCACGCACGUCCUACCUGGCCGCCUUUGUCAUCAUGGUCAUUUUCACCCUGAGUGUGUCCAUGCUGCUGCGCUACUCCCACCAUCAGAUCUUUGUCUUCAUUGGUGAGUAUCCCAGCUGGCCACCCUCCCCUCUGCCCCCCCUGCCGGGCGCCUCACCCGGUCUGCCCGCCCGCUGCCCUCUGCCCGCAGUGGACCUGCUGCAGAUGCUGGAGAUGAACAUGGCCAUCGCCUUCCCCGCAGCACCCCUGCUGACCGUCAUCCUGGCCCUCGUGGGUGAGGACCCUGCCCUGAUGCCCUGUCCCCUACCCCAGCCAAGGCCUGCCCGCCCCAACCCGCUGGCUCGCCAUCUCCCUGCAGGGAUGGAGGCCAUCAUGUCCGAGUUCUUCAACGACACCACCACAGCCUUCUACAUCAUCCUCAUCGUGUGGCUGGCCGACCAGUAUGACGCCAUCUGCUGUCACACCAACACCAGCAAGCGGCACUGGCUUCGGUUCUUCUACCUGUACCACUUCGCCUUCUAUGCUUACCACUACCGCUUCAACGGGCAGUAUAGCAGCCUGGCCCUGGUCACCUCCUGGCUCUUCAUCCAGCACUCCAUGAUCUACUUCUUCCACCAUUAUGAGCUGCCCGCCAUCCUGCAGCAGAUCCGCAUCCAGGAGAUGCUGCUGCAGACCCCACCGCUGGGGCCUGGCACCCCCAUGGCACUGCCAGAUGACCUCAACAACAACGGAGGUGCCCCAGCUGCCACUCCUGACUCUACCGGCCAGCCACCUGCCCUGGGCCCUGGCUUGCAAGGUGCUGGUGGUGGCCCUGGGCCUGUGGCUGAGGCACCCAGCUCCCUGGUGGCCGCAGCGGCCUCAGUAGCUGCAGCAGCCAGUGGUGACCUGGGCUGGAUGGCAGAGACAGCCGCCAUUAUCACAGAUGCCUCCUUCCUAUCUGGCCUGAGCGCCUCCCUCCUGGACCGGAGGCCAGCCAGUUCCCUGAGCCCCACUGGGGGGCUCACCCAGGCCCCCCAGGACAGUGCCCCUCCCAGCGACUCCCCAGGGCCUGACACAGCCCCUCAGACCGCCGGGUUGAGUCGGCCCAGCCUUGUGUCUAUGGCUCCGGUGGACACACCCUCGGAGGUUGGUUCCUGAGCCCUGGGCAAAUUGACCGCCUCUGUCCCUGGCCAUCCAGGCCAGCUGGGUAUGGCCUGGCUAGAGCCCUCGGGGGUCAGGGAGGCUGUUCCCAGUGGCUCGGACUGCCCACCCCGCCUUGAGUGGAAUCGGGGUCCAUCAGGUUUGCUUGGAGGCAGGCUUCUCUUCCCCAGGACGCGGGGCCUGCCUGAAGCUUGUCCCUGUUUGUGGUGGGCCUCCUCAGCUGGUGAAUCAAGACAAGCCAAUGAGCCGGGGUGGGAGAGGGGGCGGGGGCUCCCUGGAAAGUUCUGGAAGGGGUUUGUGAAAGGUCUGGAGCGAGCUGUCCCCAGGCAGAGCAGGCAGGUCUCUGAGCAAGGUGAACAUGGGUGGGGCCAGCUCCGCUGGUGCUCCGUCGUGCGCAGUGCCUUUCCACGGCCACCCUGCGUUCCCCGGGCUGGGGUCCCGAGGAGGCAGUACCUGCGCCUCAGGUCUAGCGCACAGCCACCAACAUUGAAGGCAGCCACUGGGCACCAGGGGCCUGCCCUGCUCAGGGUGGGGAACGGCCUGCGGCCCAACCCAAUCACUUGGUGAGGAACGCAGAAGAGUGCUCAUUCCACUCUAUUUAAUUGCAGUGUACAAAAUGGUGUUUGUAUAUAGAAUAAACUGUCUGUUGACAGCGUC